UUUUAUGUCACGCACUCGCUUCUUUAGGCUUCUUUAGCUUUUAGCUGGACGGCUAACCGGUGGUCAUCAACAUGACGCUCAUAUUCUGAUAUUAAACAGAAAUUAAGGAACAGACAGGGCUGAAUGGGAUAGACGGCAGGCCUUUACCUGGAGCCACAUGAACCAAGAUGCCUCAGAACAUCCUCAAGAGCACUCAUUACAUUGAGCUGGGCAGUUAUCAGUACUGGCCUGUGCUUGUGCCGAGAGGGAUUCGAUUAUACACCUAUGAACAGAUCCCAGUGUUUCUGAAGGAGAAUCCGUACAUUACAGAUGGAUACAGAGCACACCUGCCAUCCAAACUGUGCCUCAAAAGCAUAUUCAUUCUGUCCAAUGAGACGGUGAACAUCUGGAGUCAUCUGCUUGGGUUCCUGCUGUUCUUCUCGCUGGGAGUGAAUGACAUGGCCACAGUCCUGCCGUCUGCAGGGGCGUCACGAGAGGACUAUGUCAUUUAUUCAAUAGGACUGUUUUGUUUUCAGGUUUGCAUGCUGUGCUCUGUGGGCUAUCACUUGUUCUGUUGUCAUCGCUCGGAGAAGACGUGUCGCCGCUGGCUUGCUCUGGACUAUGCUGGAAUAUCCGUGGGGAUUUUGGGAUGUUAUGUGCCUGGAGUCUUCUAUGCCUUCUACUGCAACAGUUUUUGGAGGCAGGUGUACCUGCUGACGGUGCUGGCGCUCAUCUUGGCUGUGUUUGCGGCUCAGAUUCAUCCGCUCUACCUCACACAGCAGUGGAAGAAACUGCGCUCUGUCAUGUUCUGCUCUGUGGCCGUAUACGGCAUCAUCCCAGCCUGCCACUGGGUCUGGAUCAAUGGAGGAUUUGACUCUGAAAUCGUAAAGGUGUUUUUCCCUCGAGUCAUGAUCAUGUAUUUGAUUGCCGCCUCAGCAUUCCUUUUCUACGUCAGUAAAAUCCCAGAACGAUACUUUCCAGGCCAGCUGAACUAUCUUGGAGCCAGUCACCAGCUCUGGCAUGUGCUGGUGGUGGUCAUGUUCUACUGGUGGCACCAAACCGCUGUCUACAUCAUGAAGUACAGACACAGUCAGCCCUGCACAGACUACAGCAGUCAUGGUUAAACGCUGUUAUAAAAUCAUCUGAGCCAUUUAUGUUCAACUAAUUCAUUUGGUUUUUGUUUGGCAUUAUUUUAAGUUGUGCUAAUAGAAUCAAACAAUGAAACUUUUACCUCUCGUUUGCCUUUGAACACCCUACUGUAGGGUUACGUGCAAUGAAAAUCACGUUUCGUGCAAUCAGUUGAGUUUGUCUGCCUGAACAAAUGCUUCAUACAUAUUCUCUGCUGGAUAUCAAGUGUCUUUGUCUGUUACUUUAUGUAUUUUGUUUUUUAUUGAGCCUUUUUCCCGUUGUAUCAUUGGAGUUGUGAAACUGUAUGCUGUUAAUAUGUUGCCUCACUUCUCUGGAAUGUCAUUAAUUGAAAUGCUCUUAACUAUCACUGUUCUGUGACUGAUGAAUUCUAUGAUAGAGGAUAAUACUGUAAUUUUGCGAUUUUUUUUAUUUUUUAUAUUUGUUUGGUAAAGGGAGUUGUUUUGAUGUAUUAAACACAUUUGAGUUCAUGUGUAAAGCAUCACUGGGAACUGGGCAUUUAAAUGACCAAGGAAGCAUUACUUCAGUAUUUUAUGUGAACAAUGGGUCAAAAUCACUAUAUUUGCACUGAAUUGAUUAUGAACAUAUAUCGAAAAAACCUUUUGUGUUAAUGUUUCUCUAGCUCAUCUUUUUAUGACUUCUGUUGGUGGUUUGAUUUUCUCUAUUUGAUUAUUUGGAAUAAUAUAAACUGCCUGAAUUAAUAUCUAUCUGAAUGGUGAAACUGAAUUUUAAAAAAUCCUGUUUGAACCCGUUGUGUGUAUUUUAGUCGUCAAAAGUAAAUUCGUCAGGGUCAUUUCCAGCUGUUAUUUCCGGGUUUUCUGCUUUGUUUGAAAUUAUUUUGUUACCUCUGAAAUGUCAGUUACCUUAUUUAGUGAACAAAAUAUUUAAUGUAGAAAAACGUGCCGUGGAACUGGCAGGAAAUCAUUAUUCCGUCAUGGCGUUUUUAUAAAGUAAUAUUUAAAA